UCUCCAUUCAAAUCACCAACCACUAGCCACAGCUUGAAAGGUAGCUCCGCUUCUCAUCUGCUUCGAAGCAGUACAGCUUCUCAAUCCUUGCCUAGCGCCAUGCUGCGACCCUGGAUGCGCCAGGGAUCGCGAGCGACUUGCUUAUUCACCUGCCCGCGAUGCCUUCAUCUACUCCGCCGCUGGCCGCCACAACAGCUUCAACAUUCACUACGUCCUUCCACCGCCCUCUCUUCUUCUCCACGAUCCCUUCAGACCUCAACAACCUUUGAGUUAUCGGAUCGUGUUCCCCUGCGCAAGCAGCUCAAACAGGACGCCAAAUCCCUCAAGGCGCGCAAACGACAGACUCGGGAGAAUGAGGAAGCAUCUCGUCAGAAAUGGGAGUUGACGGUGGGCAUUGAAAUUCAUGCGCAGCUAAACACCGAGGCCAAACUAUUCUCCAGAGCGUCGACCUCCUCGACCGACCUUCCCAACUCCAAUGUAGCUCUCUUCGAUCUUGCCUUUCCAGGCAGUCAACCUGAAUUUCAAGCCGCUACCCUUAUUCCCGCCCUGCGCGCCGCCAUCGCCCUCGAUUGCGACAUCCAACGAGUGAGCAAAUUCGAUCGCAAGCACUAUUUUUACCAAGAUCAACCUGCCGGGUACCAGAUUACGCAAUACUAUGAACCUUUAGCGAAGAACGGUCAUGUGGAUCUCUACCGUCACGACGGAAUCGCCGCGGAGGAUGGGGACCACGUGCGCAUUGGCAUCAAGCAGAUUCAGAUGGAGCAGGAUACAGCAAAGUCUCAGGAAUACCCUCCCUCAACACAAUUGCUCGAUUUUAACAGAGUCUCCCACCCACUUAUCGAGAUCAUCACCAUGCCUCAGAUUCACACGCCGGCUACCGCGGCGGCCUGUGUGCGGAAAAUCCAAUCGAUCCUGCAAUCCUGUAAUGCGGUUACGACUGGUAUGGAGCAGGGUGGUCUGCGGGCGGAUGUCAACGUUUCCAUCCGUCAACGAGGCGAUGUUGCCGGCGACCACCACUAUGGCGGUAUUGGAGGCUUGGGGCAGCGCACGGAGAUCAAGAACCUCAGCAGUUUCAAAGCCGUCGAGGAUGCUAUCAUCGCCGAGAAGAAUCGUCAGAUAGCUGUCCUGGAGAGCGGUGGCGUGGUGGAAGGUGAAACCCGUGGCUGGACCAUCGGCAGCACUGAGACGCGCAGACUUCGUGGCAAGGAAGGAGAGGUGGAUUACCGCUAUAUGCCGGAUCCCGAUCUGCCUCCCGUAUACAUAGGAGAGGAUCUGAUUUCAGAGCUACGCCGGACACUACCAACGAGCUCGGAUGCGCUUCUCAGCCUGCUGACAGGGGCGGAUUAUGGGCUGACCGUUGAGGAUGCGAAGCCACUCGUCGAGCUGGACGAAGGAGCUCGACUAGAGUACUACCAGGAUGUUGUGGACCUUCUGCGCCAGCAACACCCAGAAACGGGCCCCAAGGCUCAGCAAGCACUGGCCCGGCUGGCGGGUAACUGGGUGCUGCACGAGCUGGGCGGUCUUCUGACUAAAGCUGACCUGGCUUGGGACUCACAACGAGUGCCCGCUGAAGCUUUGGCUUCGCUCCUUGACCAGCUGCAGCAGAAGCGCAUCACCGGCCCCACAGCCAAACAAGUGCUAUCUCUGGUAUUUGAGGGCGAUCAGCGCCCGAUCCUGCAACUGUUGGAGGAAGAGAAUUUGUUGCUGCGGCCUUUGUCGCGAGAGGAGUAUAUCACGCUGGCAGAAGCGGCUAUUUCAAUGAACCCAUCGAUGGUUGAGCAGAUCCGACACAAGAAUCAACUAGGCAAACUGGGAUGGUUUGUCGGACAGAUGAUGCGAAUGGGCGAGAAAGGGCGGGUCGAGGCGCCCAAGGCCGAUGCGAUCCUGCGGGAACUCAUCCUGGACGGAACAAAUUAGAUGGAUGCUGUAUAGACGGUGUGUAGACGUUGUAUAGAGGCUGUAUAGACGCUGUAUCGAUGUUGUACGAGUAGAUAGCAGGAGAUAGCUAGAACCGAGCUGAACAUGAUGAUACCCGUCGGGUUCGACCACAAACCAUGAUCUGUCCUUAAUCCUUAUCAGUAGUCAAGAUUAUUACUUGUCAGCCCGAGAAUGACCGGAAUCCGAAAACGAUUGCUAAUUAAAAAGGGGGUG